CAAUUACGCCGCCAGGGGCCGCCGGAUCGGAAUGGUCCUCCCCGCCGCCGCCCCGCGCCGCGGAUGCGAUGCCGCCGCGCCCGCCGCCAGUAAUCACCCGCCACCCUCUCCAGCUACCCGCCUCCGCCUCCGAGCCCACUGCCUCCACGCUCCCCUCCUAUCGCGCGCUCAUCCGCGACCUCGCCUCCGCCGGCCGCCUCGAUGACGUCGACGCCGCCCUCGCCUCAGCGCGCUCCCGCCUCGCCCCCGACUCCCUCCAACCGCUCUACGUGGCCUCCAUUCAAUCCUACGCCCGCGCCGGCCGCCUCCGCGCCGCCGUCGACACUUUCGAGCGCAUGGACCUCUUCGGCUGCCCGCCCGCCACCCCCGCCUAUAACGCCAUCAUGGACGCCCUCGUCAACGCCGACUACCACGACCAGGCUCACAAGGUCUACGUCAGGAUGCUUGCCGCCGGCGUUCCUCCCGACGUCCGCACCCACACCGUCCGCCUCAAGUCCUUCUGCCUCACCGGCCGCCCGCACGUAGCGCUGCGCCUGCUGCGCACCUUGCCGGACCGUGGCUGUGACGCCAAACCGCUCGCCUACUGCACGGUCGUGCGGGGGCUCUAUGCCAACGGCCGGGGUCACGACGCACGUCACCUGUUCGAUGAAAUGCUCGGGAGGGAUGUCUUCCCUGACGUUGCCACUUUCAACAAUGUCUUGCACCCUCUUUGCCAGAAAGGGGAUAUCAUGGAGUCCGGGGCCCUUCUCGCCAAGGUCCUCAAGCGGGGGAUGUCGGCCAACAAGUUCACCUACAACAUAUGGAUCCGUGGGCUCUGUGAAGGUGGCAUGUUGGGAGAGGCUGUUGCGCUCGUGGAGAGGAUGGACUACUCCAUUUUGCCUGAUGUUGUGACUUACAACACACUGAUGCGCGGCCUUUGCAAGAACUCCAAGGUCUGGGAAGCUGCGAAGUAUCUUCGUAGGAUGAUGAACCGGGGAUGCAUGCCAGAUGAUUUCACCUACAACACCAUCAUCGAUGGCUACUGCAAGAGGGGCUUGCUGCAGGAAGCUACCGAGCUUCUGAAAGAUGCUGUCUUCAAAGGUUUUGUGCCUGACCGGGUCACAUAUUGCUCACUGAUCAAUGGACUGUGCGCCGAGGGUGAUGUCGAGAGGGCCCUGGAGCUCUUUAGCGAGGCACGGGCAAAAGACCUGAAGCCUGACCUUGUCGUCUACAACUCUCUUGUCAAGGGGCUUUGUCGUCAGGGCCUGAUCUUGCAUGCCUUGCAGAUCAUGAAUGAGAUGGUCGAGGAUGGCUGCCAUCCCGACAUUUGGACGUACAACAUUGUCAUCAAUGGACUAUGCAAAAUGGGAAAUAUUUCAGAUGCGACAGUUGUAAUGAAUGAUGCCAUUGUGAAAGGAUACCUUCCAGAUGUCUUUACCUUCAACACAUUGAUUGAUGGCUACUGCAAGAGGUUGAAGCUGGACAGAGCACUUCAGCUUGUUGAAAGAAUGUGGACAUAUGGCAUCGCCCCUGAUGCUAUUACAUACAACUCGGUUCUGAAUGGCCUCUGCAAAGCUGGGAAGUCCAAGGAAGUCAACGAAACAUUCGAAGAGAUGAUUCUUAAAGGAUGCCAACCAAAUGCUAUUACGUACAACAUACUGAUAGAGAAUUUUUGCAAGAUCAACCAACUAGAAGCGGCUUCUGGGGUGAUACUCAGGAUGAGUCAGGAAGGGUUAGUUCCUGAUGCAGUUAGUUUCAACACGCUGAUUCAUGGGUUCUGCAGGAAUGGUGAUCUUGAUGGAGCAUACCUACUUUUUCAGAAGUUGGAUGAGAAAGGGUACUCUGCGACAGCUGAUACUUUCAACAUCUUGAUUGGUGCAUAUUCUAGUAAGCUGAAUAUGGAAAUGGCUGAAAAUAUUUUCGAUGAAAUGAUAAGCAAGAGCUAUAAACCCGAUCUCUAUACGUAUCGUGUUCUUAUUGAUGGGUCAUGCAAGGCUGCAAAUGUUGACCGUGCAUAUGCGCAUCUGACAGAAAUGGUAAACAAGGGUUUUGUUCCAUCCAUGGUGACUUUUGGUCGUGUAAUAAAUUCACUUGCAGUGAAUCAUCGGAUUUCCGAAGCUGUUUCCGUUAUUCACAUCAUGUUGAGAAUAGGAGUUGUUCCCGAGGUUGUUGAUACCAUCUUAAGUGCUGAUAAGAAGGAGAUAGCUGCACCAAAGAUACUUGUUGAGGAAUUGAUGAAGAAGGGUCACAUUAGUUACUCUACUUAUGAAGUUCUCCAUGAAGGGGUCAGAGAUAACAGUUUAACUAGAAAAGCUCGAAAGGAAAAGUUCAUCUAGUGUGUUUACUUCACAUCAGUAAAAAAUCAUGCCAGUAAGCCGAAGCAGCUUCGAUGUUCCUGAACAUAAGAUCUGCUUAUGCUAAUAGUUCUUGUACUUCUGUACUUAUUUGCUCAGAAUAUGGAGUCUAUCGAGACAUUUCUAUGUAUGUUUUGAAGGCUCAUGGUAGUUCAAGGCACUCAAUGUUUGAAGUCAAUGUUGGAAGGCACGCAUUGCUCAUAAGAAGUACUUGUGAAAUUGUGAGUAAUUGGCCAUGUUCUAUGUCUUGCUUACAAAUUUCAUGGGGAGUGCCCUAAUCCCCCUCUAUCGGCUUAUUUGAAUGCAGUCCCACUCGAGGCUGCUGUGCUCUUCUGAGUUCUGACUGAGCUUGUGACAAGAUUCUGUCCACCUCCUCUCUGUUGCUGCUUGUGCUUCUAUAUGUUUUCUCUGCCAUUUGAUAAAGAAGGAUGACAGGCACCUCAUGUUUCUCACCAGCAGUUUUUCAGAGACACAAGGGCUGACCUGGGGUGAUGAACUAAAUUUCCAAGGCUCUACUACAACCAAUGAAAUACCUGCAUUCUCUAAUCUGUUCCUGGCAGUCUGCUGUAACACACAGGAUCAAGUGAUACAUCUCAGUGUGAAGUUAUUCCAUUAAUUUGCUUUGUGCAACCUAACUGUUUUUUUCUACAUGCUGCAUGUCUAGCUCUAUACUUGUCUGUGCAUGGAUUAUAUUUCUAGGCUGGCUUGUAUUUGCAAAUGGAGGGGUUUUGCCUGUUCGAGACGGCAGUCAAGACAUUCUAAUUCUAUACAGACAGGACAAAUAAUAAUUAUGGAAAAUCUUUCAGCAUUAGAAAUGGUAAUAGUGUUAUGAUAUGUGUAAACCAAGUAUCAACUGAUAUUUUUUUGAGAAGUGGACCAACUGAAUUAACCACAAGUCGGAAGUAACACAAUUUAUUAAACUACAUGUACCAGACUGACGGGGAGAAGAAGCUUUUAUUUGCUAACGUUUUCCAAAAAGACGCGCCUGGUCAGUUGAGCGCCUCUUAAUUAGGCCAAACUAAUCGAUCCUUAUCAGCUUAUGUCAUGCCAGCAGAAAAGAGAGGAAAUGCUUAAAGGAAGAGAGCACCAUAUAUAGUCAACCAUCACAACUCACCUA